UAGUUUGACACUUUUCCCACACGUGUUAGCUUCUUUUUAGCUCAAGAUAUGUUACUAUUUCAAUAUUGCUGCCUUUAUUAGUGCAAUAACGGUUGUUCUAUUUGAUUCGUUUAGUGAUUGCUAGCCAUUUAGUUGAAUGUGUGCUUCUAACACCGGCGUUGUGACACAACUGACAGUUAUUGAUUACAAACUCAUGCAGACUUCCUCAUGUUUUUUUUAUGUUGGUAUGGCUCCAGCUGCAUGGCACCAGCCUCCACUUAAUCCUCUUAGACUGUUUAGAAGUCUGUUGACAGCAGCUCUUUCUCUAAUUUAGGUCUUGUGGCUCCAUUACAGCACAUCUGUGCAAAUCCGAGACAAACACCCUCCUGAAUGCCAUUGCAUUAUUUCUUCUGAGUUCAGUUCAUUCUUGCAUGUUGUCUCUGUGUGUUCUUCGGAUGUUUCCAGGCUGCUUUGAGGUCCGAGUUGAUGGUGAGCCUGUGAUGCAGACUGCUGGGACGAUGGCUGCAGCUAAGAAGGGUUGUGCCAAGGCGGCGGGAGGCGUUCGCUUCUCUGAGAAAACUCCAGAGGCUGGCGCCCCGUCGCAUGUCCACUUUGAUGACAAGCUGCAUGACUCUGUUGUCAUGGUAACCACAGAGGAUGACGGCAACUUCUUGGUUAAGGUGGGCUUCCUGAAGACGCAGCACCGCUAUGAAAUCACAUUCACCCUGCCAGAAAUCCCGGCCCUUGGCAAGGAUGUGUGUCCAGCGCCGCUAGCGAGCCCCCACCUCCGGAUCAUUGACAUCUCUCCCGCUCCCGAGGGAGGUGUGAAGGUGACAUGUGAGUACCUGGCCCAGCAGGAGGGGGUGCUGUAUGAGGAGGUGCAGCUGCUGAGCGAGGACAACCAAGACGUGUGUGUCAAGGUCAAGGUUCAUGCCAGAGUCAUGGACCGCCAUCAUGGCACGCCCAUGCUGCUGGAGGGAGUCCGCUGCAUAGGGGUAGAGCUCGAGUAUGAUUCUGAACAGAGCGACUGGCAGGGGUUUGACUGAUUUCCACACACGCUCACACACACACUCUCUCUCUCACUCAGUCACUCAUGCACACAGACCAGUCCAGUAUUUUGCAUUCUUUAGCCAAGCGCCAUUUGGCCACAAGGGGGCAGAACAUCUUUUUUGACGGAAAUUGUCGUGACUAUGUAAUGUUCCUGUUUGACCACUGUGGGCUGCUGUAGACCGCCACAGUGAUACAUGUAAAAAGUGUCGAUAUUCCCUCCUGCUAAUGUUUUAUUUGAAAGCCAUCCAGUGCUGACUAAAAGGCUGCUCACUAAAAGGUUCAAGAAUCGCCUUCAUAACACAAGUGCCUUCCUUCCUUCUUGUUCUCCUGCCAUUUUCCUCUCACGCAGUGCAGCAACAUAACAUCUUUUUACAAAUACGUUCUUCAGCCUUAAAGGAGUCGCCCUCACUCACUGUUUAUUUCCGUUUGCUUUGUGCUUUCUCGGUGGCUGCUGUUUGUCAUUUGUACUUUUGUGUGCCUAGAAAGUGUCCAAGUAAACGUAUCCGUUGUACAGUUCCUCGUGUAGGCGACAGGUGGCAGUGUAAGAAUUAGUUGAAGGUUUGAUGGCUUCGUACUGCUCCACUGACGUUGUUGGUUUUUUGUUUUUUUUUUUACAAUGAUCUCAAUUAGUCUUGAUUGUUCAACUAAACUUAUUAGCAUCAUUACUGUCUUUAACACAAACAAAAUAAACAUUUAUUUCAUCAAA